AUGACCUCUUUACCCUGUCCCCUUCCUGGCCUUGGUCCCUCCAACGUUGUCUUCCCGGACCUCGCCCCCGCCUCGUCGGUAGUGGCUGCUUACCAGCUUGGACUAUCCCCCGGAACCGCAGCUUCCCCCGAUUUGUCUUUCUCCCAGACCUAUGGCCACCUCCUGUCCUAUUCCUACCCUGGGCCAGCAACCCCAGGAGACUCCUACCUGUCCAGCCAGCAACAAUCCGCGGCGCCGUCUCGGCCCUUUCACCAGCCGACUGAACACCCUCAGGAACUCGAAGCAGAGUCAGAGAAACUGGCACUGUCCCUGGAACCCUCCCAGCCGUCCCUGACCAGGAAGCUGCGCAAGCCUAGAACCAUCUACUCCAGCCUGCAGCUGCAACACCUGAACCAGCGUUUCCAGCAUACCCAGUACCUGGCCCUGCCCGAGAGAGCUCAGCUGGCAGCGCAGCUUGGACUCACCCAAACCCAGGUAAAGAUCUGGUUUCAGAACAAACGCUCCAAAUAUAAGAAGCUCCUGAAACAGAGCUCUGGGGAGCUGGAAGAGGACUUCUCUGGGAGACCCCCCUCCCUGUCUCCCCACUCUCUAACCCUCCCAUCCAUCUGGGAUCUACCCAAGGCAGGCACCCUGCCUACCAGUGGCUAUGACAACAGCUUUGGUACCUGGUAUCAGCAUCAUUCCCCAGAUGUGCUGGCGCUGCCUCAGAGGAUGUGAGUCUGGAGGGAGGCUGGUCAGGCUUCAGCCCUCCUGUCAAGCCCAGGACCUGAGCACCUGCUCCCCUUCUGGGAGGAGAGGAAACCGGCUCCAGAUGGAUUUUCUCAGAAGUCAAGAAGCUGAAGGAGAAAAGGAAAAGAAUGGAGUGGAAGCCUGGCUCUCCAAGCUAGAGAGCUAAACCAGGGGAUUUAGACUGCCACCAUCUUGCCACUCCCUCCCCCUUCAAAUGACUACAGCCCCAGCACAGCCUAGGAUCCAAACCAGGAAGAAAACAAGUAUCAUUCCUGGCUUGCACCGUGGGGGUCCAGACAGCUCUUCCAUGAACAAAACUAGAAGUGGACACAGAGUCUCUGUUGUUGGCCACCAUAAAGUCUCCGAUUUCCAUUUACUAAUUAUUGAUGGUGGCCCAGUGGUAGAGUAAGUGCUUAACAUGUAAGAGGCCCCAGCACCAAAACAAAAACAUGGAAGGCAGUUGGGCCUGUGGGCAGCUCAUGCAUCUCUGUCCGUCCCCCCCCCCCCCCCCCCGGAGCUGGGGACCGAACCCAGGGCCUUGCGCUUCCUAGGCAAGCGCUCUGCCACUGAGCCAAAUCCCCAACCCCAUGCAUCUCUGUUUUAAAUGGCUGUCUACCACCUUAUCUACCCAUUUGAUAGUCAUGGGCUCAUUGUAAUUCAUCAGGUACAUGCUAAGAGCCUAGGCCUGCUGCUCCCCAUUCUUAACACCUCACAAGUUCACCUGCACAUAUUGUGGGAGGGGACAAACAGAACCUCUGGAUCAGUGCGGGCCUAGCUGCAAAGGUGGGGUAGCCUUGGCAUCUCGGCUCCUCACUGUUGCCUCUACCCAAGAAACUGCCCUGACUCACCGCUAUUCUGCCCGGCAUUCCCAGGGACUUGUCAGCUCUCAAAUCCCAAGCU